CGGUGCUUCCCCGGCAGCGACCUGUCCCUGUUCCAGCCGGCGUCCCAGGGCAUCUCGCGAUAAUUUGUGAUUUGGGGGCGGGACCCAGUCAGGAAGAGCGCACAAAACUGCCCUUAAGUCAUUGCAGAGCUGCAGCUCCGGUUAGCCGGCCACGAGGUUCUCGCGAGACCCGCCUGCUCAAUACCAAGCGCCUGUGUCUGGCACAGCGGUGUGAGACGAAGAGACAAUCCUUCCCCGCCGCCCGGAUAAUCAAGAGUUUUGGCCGGACCUUUGAGCACACACCGAGAUAGUGAGGAGCCAGACGAAAAGCACAGACUAUGGCGCUGAAACGGAUUAAUAAGGAACUUAGUGAUUUGGCCCGUGACCCUCCAGCACAAUGUUCUGCAGGUCCAGUUGGGGAUGAUAAGUGUUUUUCUCCCCCCUUUUUCUAGUGUUUCAUUGGCAAGCCACAAUUAUGGGACCUGUAAGUAUUAAGACUUUUAAAGUUUUCCUUAUAAUUAAAAAUUCAGCAUCAGUCUGAUUAUAAAUUUUUAAAUUUAGUUCAUAGGUUUAUUUUAUUAUGUAGUGUAUUCUGGUUUGGUUAUACCAUAAUUGUACUACUUUUGAAAGAAAUAGAAUAUUGUACUUGUUACAUGUACAUUGUGUAUCCCUGUGUUCAGUUUUGUAGAGUAUAGCAUCUCUUUGGAUCUACCAAAUCUCUCUUUGCCUUAAUUUCAGUUUUCCUUCAUAGCAAUGUGAAGCACUGGCAUUGAACUUCUUAUUACUUAGACAAUUUACUGGCUCUGUUUCUAUUAUGAAUUGUUACUCAAAGAUCUUACCCUGUUCCUGUAGUUGCCAGGAAUCUAGCUUACUUGUAUUAUUUUUAUAUUCAAUUUCUUACAGAAUUUUAGUCUCAUACAAAUUUGAAAAUACUAGGCAGAAAGUGAUAUUCUGAAUAGAGCAAAAUUCCUUUCUAUCCUGAUAAGAAUCUAUAGGCUGGAUAAUUGAAAAUUCAGAAUUAUGGAUACCAUCUAAGAAUUUCAGAAUAUUAAAGCGCACUAAAACAUCCUGGGUUAAGAUUGUAUCUUCCACAAAUUCUUAACAUUUUUCCCCCUUAACAUAGAAGGAACUUUCUAAGUUUCUUGUAUAUUAUACUGAAAACUUUCUGCUUCCAUUUCCUUUUCCUAGUUUUAUUUAACGCCAGUAAUAUGUUAGAUGGGAAAAGGGGCAUUAAACAUAUAUAUAAGUUUUUAUGUAAGCAAGCACACAAAUUUAGAUGUCAGCUUUUAAGUAGUUAACUGUAUCUUUAGAGUGGAAUGCAUCAGUGCUUUGUUUUGGUUUCUGAAUGCAUCUUAUGACAGAGUAUCACAUUAUAAUGCAAAUAAUAUCUUAUUUUUUGACUACGAUUACCCUGUAUGGUUUGUAUUUGUGAACCAAAACAAUAAAGCAGGCAGUGUGGUAGCAUAGUAAUCCACAAAUUGUGGAUUUGCUUGGGAGAACUAGAUAGUAGCAAAAUCACAUUUGCUUCAGAGUGCUUUUUAGGUCAGUUAAGGUAAUGGUAGUAUCAUAGAACUAAAGAUUUCUUUCUCAGUAAAUGUAGCAUGUAAUUUAAGUUUCAGUAGAGAGUAGCUGCUGAAUUUUAGUCAAGAAGUGCUCUGUAUCAUUAGAAGUUAUAUGGCAAAAAUUUUUGUGUAUAGGGGCUGGGAUUGUGGCUCAGUGGUAGAGCGCCCACCUAGCAUGCGCAAGACCCUGGGUUCGAUCCUCAGCACCAUAUAAAAACAAAUGAAUGGAGUAAAGGUAUCGUGUCCAAAUACAGCUAAAAAAAUAAAUACUUUUUUUAAAAAUUAAAAAAAAAAUUGUGUAUAAUAAUAGUACAUAUAAUUAAGAAUCACAGAUACGGAUAAAAACUAAAAUUCUUUGAAAGAUUUGACAGAUCCUUGCUAGUUAAGUGGUUUUUUAAAUGUUUGAAUUUUUUGUACUAUAUUAAGGGUAGUUACCAAUGAGACUUCAUACAAAGAGAAGAAAUUAACUUAUUGCUUCUAAUAUUUGCAUGUCUAAUUUUUUCUUCAAUUGGAAGUGGAGUUGGCAGAAGGUGGUAUGUUUGAAAGUAUUUGGAGAACCACACUAACCUCCGUCUAAUUGUGACAGUUAUAAAAGAUAGAACUGUCUGAAUAUUAGCUUGAGUGUAACUACAAAAGCCAUCUGAAGUAAAAUCUGUCCAUAAGAAUUAUUUUACUGAUCCAUAAAGAUCAAUUUUAAAUGUAUUAUGUCACUUUCUACAAAGGUUAACUAUAUGAAAUUUUCCCUUUUUUCCUUUUUUGGUAGUGGGGAUUCUGCAGAGGCACUUUACCACAGCUUUGCAUUUCCAGUUCUUCUUACUUUUAUUGUGAGACUGUCUCAACUAAGUUGGUUAGGGCUGUGCUAAGUUGCUGAGGCUGGCCUUGAACUUGGGAUCAUCCUGUCUAGGCCUCCCAAGUCCCUGGGGAUUAUAGGCAUACACCACCACCCAGUUUUUACCCUACUCUUUAAAGAUCUUCAACUAUAUUAAGAGGGAAGUAUAAGUAUUAAAUAAGGUAGAUGAUUGUAAUUAGUAAAUAGCCAGCAAAUUGGGUUAAUGUAUUGACUAUUGGGAAUAACAUUUCAAAUAAGGGAAAGAAAUAGGAGAUAUAAUGGAAUCACUUUAACACUAGGACAGAGAUAAUUGGAAAGGAAAGCCAGAAUAAUAGCAGAAAUACCAGUACUAACAUCUUGAACUAAGGUAGUGGCAGUGGGCAUAGGCAUAAAGGAGAGGCAAAUUCAAGAAAUUUUGAAGUUCUUUAGGACUGGGUAACCACUGUGAAUGAGUCAGAUGAAAGGAAUAAUCAACUGCGAGAUCCUGGUUUAUAGAUUUCUAUUGUGAUUUACUGUUGAUAGGAAAAAUAGUGUUGAAGAGAUUAGGAGUUUGUGUUUUGUAUAUGUGAUGAGAUAUCAAGUAGAUUGAAUAGACAUUUGAAUGAAUGCCAAGGAAUGAAUAUGACACUAAGGGAAACUUUGAGAGUAUGCAAAAUAUAUGUGGGUGGGAGUUAGAAGCAAAAAAUGAUCUCUAGGAAUACCAACAUUUCAUGAUUGCCACAGAAGGAAUAAAAGACACCAGGGGGGCAGCAACUAGGACUAACGGGAUAGAAGGAUUCUACAGAAAAGAUAGAAUAUAAGUUCUGUUUCUAAGAUUACAAUAAUCAAAGUAUUUCUUCUUUUAGUUCCUUUGUUUUUGUUUUGUUUUUCUUUAUAGUUCCUGUCUCUUUUUUUAAUAUGGCCUUGUCUUUAAGUCUGUUUUACUUUUUUCCUCUUUGAUGUGGUGGAAUUUUAAUGUAACAUGGAAAUGCUAAGCUGCUUUUUUUUUCUUUUCCUUUCUUUUUUAAACAAGUAAAAUGAAAUUUGGCUUUGCCUAAAUUGCAUCAUUGAGUUCUUUGUUCAGAAGCAGUCAGACAUAACCCUUGAUUGUGUGAAACUGGAAAAUGAAAGUUAAACAGAGCAUCUGAAAUGGGGUUUUGAGAAAACUUUAGUAUGUAGGACCAUCACAAAAUUAUUAUUUAUAUAGUAAAAACUUAUUUUCUACAUGCUAUAUAAUAUAGCCAUAUUAUUUAACAAAGAUAUGCUCAUCUAAUAAAUUUGUUAUAUUUUGGGUUCCUUGCUUUGAAUUUUUUUCCCCUUUUUUUACAUUUUAUUUGCUAUUUUAGAUAUACAUGACAGUAGAGUGUCAUUUGACAUACAUACAUAUGGAGUAUUACAUUCUAACUAGGAUCCCAUUCAUGUGGUUGUACAUGAUGUGGCAUUUCACUGGUGAUGUAGUUAUAUAUGAACAUAGAAAAGUUGUGUCUGAUUCAUUCUACUCUUUCCUAUUUUCAUCCCGCCUCCCUUCUCUUCAGUUCCCUUUGUCUAAUCCAGUGAAUUUCUAUUCUCUCCACCCUCAUUUAUUUUGUUUUAGUAUCUGGCAUAUCUCAGAGUACAUUUCAGCCUUUGGUUUUUUUGGGAUUGAUUUAUUUUACUUAGCAUGAUAGUCUCCAGUUAUAUCCACUUACUGGCAAAAGUCGUUCUUUAUUAUGGCUGAGUAAUAUUCCAUUAUGUAUAUAUACACAUCAUAUUUUCUUAUGCAUUCAAUGUAUUGAAGGGCACCUAAGUUCUUUGGGUAUAUAUUGAAUGAGAUAACUGGGUCAAAUAAAUGGUGGUUUUGGUUUUAUUUAUUUCCUCUAUUAUUCCUGGGUGUUGCUUUGUUAUUAUAGGUCUUUUUAAUUAAAUUUUAUAGGACUCAAUAGUAGCUUACUCUUUUUAUUGCUUUCAUUGGUUGUCCAAUUUUCUUUUUUGUGUGUGUGUGGUAUUGGGUAUUGAACCCAGGGGCAUUCUGUCACCAAGCCAUUUUUGAAACACGGUUUCACUAAGUUGCUGAGGCUGACCACAAACUUUGGAUCCUCCUGCCUCAGCUUGCCAAGUCCCUGGAAUUAUAGGCAUGCACCAUUGUGCCCAGCAGGAUUUAUACAUUUCUUUGAACCUGAUUCUUCACCAAUAAUUAACUUCUUUCUUUUGAAUCCCCUGUGUAUUUCAUUCACAUUUCAUAUCUAUAACAUUUUAUUGUGUGUAUUUUAUGGGUCUUGGUAACAGAAUUUUAAGUCUGUCAAGAUUUAAAAAAAUCAUUUUCUGUGAUCUUUUCACAUAUCUACCAUGUAGUGGGGAGUUAAUAAUUAUUUUUCUGAGGAGUUGGAAUUGAUAAGCUAUAUUCUAAAAGUGUCAGAUCUAUGAAAGUUUUUAUUUGCCUGAUAAAAGUGUGUUGGUUGGUGUAUGCCCAUAAUUCCAGGGACUCAGAAGGCUGAGGUGGGAAAUUUGAGGUCAGCCUGGGCAACAUGAUGAGACCGUGUCUCAAAUUAAAAAAAAAAAAGAAUUUUUUUAACUUGUUUUUGUCUGCUUUUUUAACAUACUUAAUAUUUUGCUUUCUAAUUUCUGUAGUCUGACCAGUACAUGAUACUGUUUGUAAGCUUUAUUGUUAAGUGUACUUUUUCAUUUAUGAGAAUUUGGAUCUAGAACACUAGUGUUUCUGGAUACCUUUUCCCAAUAUUCUGGAAAUUUGUAAAAUGGGAUUUAAAUAGGAUUCACUAUAUAGUAAUUUUGAUUUUAUAUUUUUUAUUACUAUGAACUGAGUUUUCUUGGAAUAAUUUAGAUUUCUUCAUUUCUGUGUAAAGAAUAGAUAAUAUUAUUUAAUAUUAUUAUUUAAAUUUUUUUUUAAUUUUAAGCAUGUUUUUCUCUUCACAGAAUGACAGCCCAUAUCAAGGUGGUGUAUUCUUUUUGACAAUUCAUUUUCCUACAGACUACCCCUUCAAACCACCUAAGGUUGCAUUUACAACAAGAAUUUAUCAUCCAAAUAUUAACAGUAAUGGCAGCAUUUGUCUUGAUAUUCUAAGAUCACAAUGGUCUCCUGCUUUAACUAUUUCUAAAGUUCUUUUAUCCAUUUGUUCACUGCUAUGUGAUCCAAACCCAGAUGACCCUUUAGUGCCAGAGAUUGCACGGAUCUAUAAAACAGACAGAGAUAAGUACAAUAGGUUAGCAAGAGAGUGGACAGAGAAAUACGCUAUGUUGUAGGGUACAACAGAAUAUCUCGGGAAUGGACUCAGAAGUAUGCCAUGUGAUGCUACCUUAAAGUCAGAAUAACCUGCAUUAUAGCUGGAAUAAACUUUAAAUUACUGUUCCUUUUUUGAUUUUUCUUAUCCGGCUGCUCCCCUAUCAGACCUCAUCUUUUUUAAUUUUAUUUUUUGUUUACCUCCCUCCAUUCAUUCACAUGCUCAUCUGAGAAGACUUAAGUUCUUCCAGCUUUGGACAAUAACUGCUUUUAGAAACUGUAAAGUAGUUACAAGAGAACAGUUGCCCAAGAUUCAGAAUUUUUUUAAAAAAUGGAGCAUGUGUAUUAUGUGGCCAAUGUCUUCACUCUAACUUGGUUAUGAGACUAAACCAUUCCUCACUGCUCUAACAUGCUGAAGAAAUCAUCUGAGGGGGAGGGAGAUGGAUGCUCAGUUGUCACAUCAAAGGAAGCAGCAUUAUUCUAGCAGCAUCCAUUUUGUUUAAACCUUCCACUGUUAGAGAUUUGAGGUUACAUGUUAUACUUUAUGCUCAUAACUGAUGUGGCUGGAGAAUUGGUAUUGAAUUUAUAGCAUCAGCAGAACAGAAAAUGUGAUGUAUUUUAUGCAUGUCAAUAAAGGAAUGACCUGUUCUUGUUCUACAGAGAAUGGAAAUUGGAAGUCAAACACCCUUUGUAUUCCAAAAUAGGGUCUCAAAACAUUUUGUAAUUUUCAUUUAAAUUGUUAGGAGGCUUGGAGCUAUUAGUUAAUCUAUCUUCCAAUACACUGUUUAAUAUAGCACUGAAUAAAUGAUGCAAGUUGUCAAUGGAUGAGUGAUCAACUAAUAGCUCUGCUAGUAAUUGAUUUAUUUUUCUUCAAUAAAGUUGCAUAAACCAAUGAGUUAGCUGCCUGGAUUAAUCAGUAUGGGAAACAAUCUUUUGUAAAUGCAAAGCUGUUUUUGUAUAUACUGUUGGGGUUUGCUUCAUUGUUUGACAUCAAAUGAUGAUGUAAAGUUCAAAAGAGUGAAUAUUUUGCCAUGUUCAGUUAAAGUGCACAGUCUGUUACAGGUUGACACAUUGCUUGACCUGAUUUAUGCAGAAUUAAGCUAUUCAAAUAGUGUAGUUUUAAUAUGCUGCACAUGAUACUGGCAGCCCUGGAGUUCAUAAAUGGACUUGGGACCCAGCAGUUUUGAAACGUGUAUAUGGAGUUUAAGAAAUUUAUUUUCCAGGUGCAUCACCAAUCUUAACAAUUUCUCUUCACCAUGUACACUUGACAGCUUAAAAAAAAAAAAAACUAAACAUACGAGUAACAAUGGGUCAAAAUUUACAAAAUAAAGUACUGUUUUGGUGUGGGAGUUGUCAUGAGGCUGUGUUGAAGUGACUUAACUGUGGGAUAUUGAGUAUCCAUUGAAAUGGAUUUGUUCAGCCAUUUACAUUAAUGAGCAUUUAAAUGCAACAAAUAUCAUUUCAGGUGACUUAACAUGAACGAAUAAAAGUCAAUGCUAUUGGA